AUGGAAUCUGACUGUUGUGGCACAGCGGCCCCGGCUCUCGAGCCUCCUCCUGCGCCAACCGCAGCUGAGAAGGCGGGCGCCUGCCAGGGUGGUUGCUGCGGAGGGCAGAGUGUCGAGACUCGCGACGCCGAACCUUCAAUUCAGAAAGAACCCGACGAAGAGAAGAUUGAAGAUGAUUGCUGCAACGCCGGAAAAUGUGCCGAUGACGUGGCCGAGGAAGAUUCCGACGCGCCUGACUGUUGCCGCGGUAAAGCCAACCCAUGCUGCGACACGUCUUGCCUUGACCGGCUGGCCCUGCGCGAGUGUAGUAUGAGUGCUGCGACAAGUUCUAAUUCGACCGCCUGUUGUAAAACUGCUGAGGGUGAGGCUUGCAACGAGCACACUCUCUCAGCAUUGGACCGCUAUGGCGCGACGCUGCGGGCUCUGGGGUGCCUCUGCCGGACCCUCAUUGCUCUUGGCCAGGAAACCUGCUGCGAAAUACGCGAGCGACACUCACUCGACGGCAACCAGCUCUCCAAGAAAUCGUCUGUCGCCUCCGUCCGCACUUCGCUGGAUUCUGGCCACACCAGUGGCUCCGUUACGAAGAAUCAAGCUGCGGAAAAUCGCCUUCGUUUACGAAAAGGCUUCAAAGAAAGUGUUCAAUCUGCCAAGGAGUCCACCGUAGAGGAUGUCUGUGGUGGCUCCUGUUGCUCCAAGGAGAAGCCUACCCUCGCCCCAUCGCUUAGGGGUAAAGGUCCGACGGCCUGCCGCUCUGAAGGCAAGGGCAGAGGAUAUCCGCCAGACAGCAAUGAUGGAAAUAAUUGCUUUGCAAAGGCGGAUAUCCUUUAUUCGGGAGCCCAAGCCGCAUCUGGAGGGCUCUGUUGCACGGACAAACAGGCUGCCAAUGCAGGCCCAAAGAAGGGCGAGACUCAGUGUUCCCGCUCGUGCUGCUCUGUUGCAAAGCCUAAUAAUCAGGCUAUUUCCCAGCCUGAAAGCCGGGGUAGUUGCUCGGAGAAUAUUUCUCUUGGAAAAUCUCCUCUUAAGACUAACUGUGUUGACUCUUGCUGCGCUUCUGCCGAGCCCAAGAAGCAGGCGGCUUCCCAGUCUGAAAGCCCAGGCUGUUGCUCGGAGAUUAUUUCUCCUGGAAAGUCUCCUCUUAAGAACUGUGCCGACUCUUGCUGCGCUUCCACAGAGCCGGAUAAGGAAGCGGUUUCCCCUUCUGAACGCGCGGGCUGUUGCUCGGAGACAAUUUCUCCUGGGAAAUCUUCUCUUAAAAUUGGCUGCUCCGGCUCUUGUUGCUCCGGAGAUAACGGGAUAGAAAUAAAUGACACCAAGCGCCUAUUCAUUGACUCGUGCUGCGCUGAUAAGCCAGUGGUCCGCCGCCAAGGGUCUUGCGCCGAUGCUACCUGCGCUUCUUCUGCCCCUGAUGCCCGCUCAGGUAUUGAAAAGGGCCUAAUUGAGGCCGUAAGCGACGUUGAGAAUCAAGGCACUGGAAAAGAGCGAGUGGUUUUGAGCAUUUCGGGCAUGACUUGCACCGGGUGUGAGACAAAACUGAACCGAACCCUCGCUACCGUUCCCGCCGUGAAAAAUCUGAAAACCAGCCUGGUUCUCUCUCGAGCUGAGUUCCACCUUGACCUUCGACUUGGAUCUGUUGAAGAAGUCAUGAAACAUCUGGAACGAACGACAGAAUUCAAGUGCGAAAGGAUUCAGAGCCAGGGAUCCAGUCUUGAUUUCAUCAUCUCGAACGAUCAAUUUCAAUCGAUUAGCAAUGAAAAGUGGCCGGAUGGUGUAAUCGACAUUGCGCUUGUUGGCAAACAGAUCGCACGAGUCACAUUUGACCCGAAGACAGUCGGAGCUCGCGAUCUUGGCGACAAGAUUUGGCAUUCACCAACGGAAUUGGCUCCUCUACGUGCCGACCCGUCGCUAGAGGCUGGGAGCAAGCACGUCCGACAUGUUGGGUACAUGACACUUCUCUCCGCCGUGUUGACCAUUCCUGUGUUGGUUAUGGCGUGGGCCCCCCUUCCCGAAAACGAAGUCGCAUAUUCCUCAGCUUCCAUGGCACUGGCGACGAUUGUUCAAUUCUUCAUCGCGGGUCCAUUUUACCCAAAGGCUCUCAAGGCUCUGGUCUUCUCCAAGGUUAUAGAGAUGGACCUCCUGAUCGUCCUAAGCACAAGCGCUGCCUACAUCUUCUCUGUGGUUUCCUUCGGAUACCUGAUUGCCGGAAACCCUCUCUCAACUGGCCAGUUCUUUGAAACGAGCACUCUGCUGGUCACCCUGAUCAUGCUUGGCCGAUGGGUUGCUGCCCUGGCUCGCCAGAGAGCUGUCGAAUCUAUUUCUGUCCGAUCACUUCAGCCAUCAAAAGCCAUCCUCGUGGACGAAGAAAACGGUACAGAACUUGACAUUGACGCCCGGCUUCUUCAGUAUGGCGACAUCUUCAAGGUUCUGCCUGACACCAGAAUCCCCACUGACGGCACCGUCAUCAGGGGUUCAUCCGAGGUUGACGAGUCGAUGCUCACAGGUGAAUCGAGGCCAGUCGAGAAGUUUCCGAAAUCAGGAGUUAUUGCAGGUUCCAUCAAUGGAUCUGGAGUUCUGAUUGUUCGGCUGGGCCGCUUGCCUAGCGACAACACUAUCAAUACGAUUGCUGCGAUGGUCGACGAGGCUAAACUGUCCAAGCCUAAGCUGCAAGAUCUUGCAGACAAGGUAGCAUCCUACUUCGUCCCAGUGGUUGUGGCUUUGACUAUUAUUACUUUUGUCAUCUGGGUUGCGGUGGGCAUGACGAUUCGUGGAUAUAAUGGCUCAGAAGCUACUAUCGAGGCCAUAACUUAUGCGAUUACUGUCCUCAUCGUGUCGUGCCCUUGCGCUAUUGGGCUGGCUGUUCCCAUGGUUAUUGUUAUCGCAAGUGGUGUCGCAGCGGAGAGGGGCGUCGUGUUCAAGUCUGCAGAUGCUAUUGAAGUCGCCCACAAGACGUCGCACGUUGUGUUUGAUAAGACUGGGACUUUGACCCGAGGAAAGCUUUCUGUUGUUGAAACACAUUGUGACAGCCAGGAUAAACUUCCACUCCUUCUGGGUCUUAUCGAAAAUAGCCGACAUCCAGUCUCGGUUGCUGUCAGCACUCAUCUCAACGACGCAGGAAUCAUUGCCGAGCCCAUUGCCGAGCCUAAGAGCCUUACAGGAAAGGGUGUCGAGAGCACUUUUCAGGGCCAGAAACUUCAAGCUGGCAAUUCUCGUUGGCUGAACUUUUAUGACCAUGAGCAUGUUGGGUCGAUGCUUGCUCGUGGGUAUACUGUUUUCUGCUUCGCCAUUGACGGCGUGUUGGUUGCAGUCUAUGGUCUGGAAGAUGAGCUGCGGUCUGAUGCUGCGGAAACACUUGAGGCCCUCGACAAAGGUGGCGUAGCAGUUCAUUUAGUUUCUGGUGAUGAUGACGGCGCUGUUCAGAAUUUGGCGGCCAAGCUCGGAAUUCCUGCCAACAACGUUCGUUCUCGCAGCUCGCCUGCCGACAAGAGAGACUACAUCCAAGCGCUUCUUGAAACCAAUGUAGGCGGGAAGAAGCCGAUCGUAGUGUUCUGCGGCGAUGGCACAAACGACGCUGUUGCUCUAGCGCAAGCUACAAUUGGUGUUCACAUGAAUGAGGGCACAGACAUUGCGCAAUCUGCGGCAGAUGUGGUCCUCAUGCGACCCGCCCUUUCUGGAAUCCUCGUCAUGAUUAACGCCAGCCGGAAGUCGGUCAACCGCAUCAAGUUCAAUUUCGGAUGGAGCUUUGUGUACAACACCUUCGCCGUCCUUCUGGCUGCCGGGGCUUUUGUCAAUGCGAGGAUCCCACCGGAAUUUGCGGGACUUGGAGAGUUGGUGAGCGUCUUGCCUGUCAUAGCUGCCGCGGUUCUUCUCCGCUGGUCAGCUAUCUGA